GGAAACUAGCAAUCCCACCUACUCCUUAGAGAAAUGUAUGACUGAGAGUCUCACGCCGCCAGUACUACCCGGCGAUAGUAUCGUCGUCGGCUCGACAGGGCCCUGACCAAAUGUGGUCCAGUCCCGAGUCUCACGGCUUGGUUGUUCGUAUUUCCCUGCUUUUCUGCCCGUUGGGAGCCCCGUUGCGUAAUCCUUCUCUCGGGCUUGGCUACAGCUCCGAUGGAACCUGGAAGGCGAUGGCAACGAUUGCAGAAUGUAGGUACGAAUGCGCCUAUGGCAUACACCGCAUACCCCGCCGUCGUAUACCGCGCCAUACCCGGUCCCCUACAUCCAGGCCCGCUAUCCUCUUCCGCUCAAGCCUACCGUACCUUGGGUGGCGCGCGACGGGUCCCGUCCCUCCCUCCCUUCUUCGCGCGGAGGUCCAGCUGCUCAACCCGCUAGGGCAAUCUGCCAAAUCCUGGCAUGUGCUUCGCUUAUUGGGGCCUCAGCCAUACAACGAAGGUGGCCACAAUGCCUAUCGUCUUGUGGUAGUCCUUCUCCUGGAGAAUCCAUGCCUCGGUGUUUCGUCUUCUAUAAUGUCGGGGGAGUAGUCAGUUACAGGCUUACUCCUGCCACUGUAGAUAUCAGCUAUCUCAGGCAGAGAUUCCACCAUCGCUGGCUAGCGUCGUAGCAUGGGUGCCCGGCCACGCAUGGCUCUGUGGAGACCUAUGUACAAGUCAUGCAGAGCCAGACAUAUCCUGUACCCGAUCUGCACCGAUGCUUGGUUCCUGUCGAUUCCAAUAGGGUUUGUUGACAUGGCGGCAUCGAACUCGCCCUAGCUCUCAGCCUUAUUCAUGCCGCCGUCCCCCUCCCUGAGCUAUCCAGCUUUCUUUCCGCUUCCGAUGGAAAUUCGCCUCAAC